GAGAUCGUCUUGUCGCGCGGCCUGAGGAGGGACCACAUAGAUCACAGAAUGCUUCAGCCACCGCGAGAUCGACGUUUCCACAGCUUCCACUUCGCCUUCUGAUAUCGCAAACCCUUCAAGAAGACGGCGUGAAAGUGGGGGAAUUGUUGGAGACCUCCAGAUUCGCGAAAUGUUGGAAUGGAAGGCGCAGACUUUGACUCGCCGUCUCAAACAGGAGUAUGAAGUGCUUCGCGGAUCUGGGCUCAACGAGAGAGAAACUUGGUUUUCUUCGGUUAUCGCCAAUCGCUCGCGGGGAAAUAGACUAGCGCGGAUCACGAGAAGUUCAGCGCAGACUUUGCAACAUGGCCUCGGCUGUUAAUGUCUCCGAGGAGCAGGACAACAGAGACCCCGAUCGGCCGAGGUUAACACGGAGAAACAGGGGGAACUGUCGGACCGCCGCAGCGGAUUUGGAGUAUUUGCAGCGGCCGAGUUAUUGCGAUGCCGCCUUUGCGUUGGAGCAGAUAUCAGAGGGGACGGCGACUGGGAGGAAAGCACCGCUGUGGCUGAGGGCAAAGUUUCAAAAACUUUUGUUUAACCUGGGCUGUUACAUACAAAAGAACUGUGGAAAGUUUCUAGUUGUGGGUCUUUUAAUAUUCGGAGCUUUUGCUGUUGGUUUAAGGGCAGCUAAUCUAGAGACGGACGUGGAGAAACUCUGGGUAGAAGUGGGUGGCAGGGUGAAUCAGGAACUCAAGUACACGAGGCAGAAGAUUGGAGAGGAGGCCAUGUUUAGUCCUCAGCUCAUGAUUCAGACGGCGCGACAGGAAGGUGCUAACAUUCUGACUGUGGAGGCGCUGAAACAACACCUAGACUCCGCCAUAAAGGCCAGCAGAGUGCACGUUUACAUGUACAACAGGCAGUGGAAAUUGGAACAUUUAUGCUACAAAUCAGGAGAACUUGUUACAGAAACCAAUUUUGUGGACCAGAUUAUUGAGAAACUGCACCCAUGUCUGAUCAUUACUCCUCUGGACUGCUUCUGGGAAGGUGCUAAACUACAUUCAGGAACGGUCUACCUCCCUGGCAAACCCCCAAUGCAGUGGACCAACUUUGAUCCGAUGGGAUUCAUUGCUGAACUGAAGAUGCUGUAUCCUGUGGACACCUGGGAGGAGAUGCUGAUGAAAGCAGAGGUGGGUCAUGGAUACAUGGACCGCCCCUGCCUGAACCCUGCAGACCCCGACUGCCCAUUGUCAGCCCCUAACAAGAACACAACACAGCCUUUUGACGUGGCUCGUGUUCUGACUGGUGGCUGCCAUGGGCUUUCCAAAAAGUACAUGCAUUGGCAGGAGGAACUUAUCUUAGGUGGGACCAAGAAGAAUGACAGCAACAAACUUCUGAGUGCACAGGCUCUCCAGACCAUGUUCCAGCUCAUGACCCCAAAGCAGAUGUAUGAGCACUUGAAGGGCUACGAGGAGGUCUCACAAAUCAACUGGAAUGAGGACAAAGCAGCUGCCAUCCUAGAGGCCUGGCAGAGGAGAUACUCCGAGGCCGUCCAGCAGAGCGUGUCUGUAAAUUCUUCUCAGAAAGUUCUCACGUUCACCACCACCACCCUGGAAGACAUCCUAAAGUCCUUCUCUGAUGUCAGCGUGAUCCGUAUCGCCAGUGGCUACCUCCUAAUGCUUGCCUAUGCGUGUCUGACCAUGCUGCGGUGGGAUUGCGCCAAAUCUCAGGGGGCAGUAGGGCUGGCCGGAGUGUUGCUAGUCACUCUCUCUGUCGCUGCUGGACUGGGACUCUGCUCUCUCUUGGGCAUCUCCUUUAAUGCUGCUACCACACAGGUGUUGCCGUUCCUAGCUCUUGGCGUGGGGGUGGACGAUGUCUUUCUCUUGGCUCACGCUUUCAGCGAGACCGGCCAGAACAAGAGGAUUCCAUUCGAGGACCGCACUGGUGAAUGUCUGAAGAGGACUGGGGCAAGUGUAGCUUUGACCUCCAUCAGUAAUGUGACAGCAUUUUUCAUGGCUGCCCUUAUUCCAAUUCCAGCUCUGCGAGCCUUCUCCUUACAGGCGGCAGUGGUCGUGGUAUUUAACUUUGCUAUGGUGCUGCUUAUCUUUCCUGCCAUCCUCAGCAUGGACCUGUACCGCAGAGAGGACAGACGCUUCGACAUUUUCUGCUGCUUUGUCAGCCCUUGUGCCAACCGUGUGAUCCAGCUGGAUCCACAGGUGGCGUACGCCGACUCUUCUGCUGACUCCAGCCACUACAGCCCUCCACCCUCCUACAGCAGCCACAGCUUCGCCCAACACACCCAGAUCACCAUGCAGUCCACUGUGCAGCUGCGCACCGAGUACGACCCCAGAACGCAGGCCUACUACACCACGGCCGAACCCCAUUCUCACAUCUCCGUCCAACCCUUUGCCCCAAACUCCAACCGCAACAAUAACAACAACUGCAACAGUGCAGGCCCAGGACUUUGGAGGAGCUCGCCAGGGAACAGCCCUUCCACAGGAGGUGCAGCUUCAGAUUCAGCAUCCUACCAGAGCCCAGAUGGGGCGAGCUCCACGCGAGACCUGCUUUCUCAGUUCGGAGAGUCAAGUUUACGCUGUCUGGAGCCACCAUGGUCACGCUGGACGUUUGCUUCAUUUGCUGAGAAGCACUAUGCACCGUUUCUGUUGCAGCCUACAACAAAGGUGGUGGUGAUUUUACUCUUUUUGGCAUUGCUCGGGGUCAGUCUGUAUGGAACCACCCGCGUCCGGGAUGGUUUGGAGUUAACUGACAUCGUACCUCGGGAGACGGGUGAAUACGAUUUCAUCCGCGCCCAGUUCCGAUACUUUUCUUUCUACAAUAUGUACGUGGUUACCCAGCGAGCAGACUAUGCACAGAUCCAGCCUCAGCUUUAUGAGCUGCACCAACGCUUUGGCACUGUGAAGUACGUCCUGCGGGAGGAGAACGGCCAGCUCCCACGCAUGUGGCUGCAUUACUUCAGAGACUGGCUUCAAGGUCUGCAGGAGGCAUUCGAUAGGGACUGGAGGGAAGGUCGGAUUACUCAGGGGAACUACAGGAAUGGUUCUGAUGAUGGAGUCCUGGCCUACAAACUCCUAGUGCAGACCGGCCGCAGAGAAAAGCCAGUAAACAUCAACCUGCUAACCAGACGACGGUUGGUGGACGCAGAUGGAAUCAUCAACCCAAACCCCUUCUACAUUUAUUUAUCUGCCUGGGUGAGCAAUGACCCUGUGGCCUAUGCUGCAUCCCAGGCCAACAUCCGCCCACAUCCUCCAGAGUGGCUCCAUGACAGGAGCGACUCCAUUGCUGUCAGCAGACUCAACAUUCCUGCCGCUGAGCCCAUAGAAUAUGCACAGUUCCCCUUCUACCUCAACGGACUUCGCGAGACGCCACAGUUCGUGGAGGCCAUCGAGAGCGUCCGCGCCAUCUGCAGCAACUACAGUCGUCAGGAUCUGCCCAGCUACCCGAACGGCUACCCCUUCCUCUUUUGGGAGCAGUAUGUAGGCCUGCGUCAUUGGCUUCUGCUCUCCAUCAGCGUUGUGCUGGCUUGCACCUUUCUGGUGUGUGCCGUUUUCCUGCUUAACCCCUGGACUGCUGGAAUCAUAGUUUUGGUGCUGUCUCUGAUGACGGUGGAGCUGUUUGGCAUGAUGGGGUUGAUUGGCAUCAAGCUCAGCGCUGUGCCCGUCGUCAUCCUCAUUGCCUCUGUUGGCAUCGGUGUGGAAUUCACCGUCCAUGUGGCACUGGCGUUUCUUACGGCCAUUGGUGACAGGAACAAGCGAGCAGUGCUGGCACUUGAGCACAUGUUUGCCCCAGUGCUGGACGGAGCAUUCUCCACCUUGCUGGGAGUCCUGAUGUUGGCAGGGUCAGAGUUUGACUUCAUAGUCAGGUAUUUCUUCGCUGUUUUGGCUAUUCUAACGGUGUUAGGGGUCCUGAAUGGACUGGUGCUGCUCCCAGUCUUAUUGUCCUACUUUGGCCCUUAUCCUGAGGUGUCUCCAGUGGAUGGGCGAAGCCGACUGCCCACACCAUCUCCAGAACCUCCUCCGCAGGUGGUAUGCUUCACCAUGCGACCCAGCCACACCACCACUGGAGCAGGUUCAGACUCUUCAGACUCAGAAUAUGGUUCCAACACUACUGUGUCCGGCAUUAGCCAGGAACUCCAGCAGUAUGACCUCCAGCCCAACAGGGGGCGAUCAGCCAGACUGGAGGAGGUGCGGAUUGCCACAGGGGGACGACAAGGCAAUCGUCAAGUGGAACUGCCAAUGUUUCCUUCUUACUCGGAUGACUCUAGACAACACCAACCACCACAGCAUUACAGAUCCAACCAUCUAGCCAAUUCUCAGGAUGCUGGACCACAGUCAUCAAAGCGAUACAGUAGCAGGGACCCUAAGAGGGACUUUGGGAGCAGACACCUGUCUCCUCCUCACAGGCCGCGCAUGGAUGCUUUUGAAACCGCUACUGAGCCAGGUGACCGAUCAGGCCCCAAUCAACGGGAACGUCUGGGGGCCCAUCGGCCCCGUUCCCACAACCCUUACUCUCACCCUUCCCACCCAUCUAUAGGCCCCGCCUACUGUCAGCCCAUCACAACGGUGACGGCCUCUGCCUCAGUGACAGUCGCUGUUCAUUCAGGGAUGCCCAGCCAGAGCCCCGCCUUCUCGUCCUACCCCUCCAAUGACAGUUACCACACUUCAGAAGAAGUCUACACUGACCCUCACUUCUCCGACCCUCACGUGCCCUUUGACGAGAGCAACGAAAACUCAAAAACGGAGGGCAUGGAGCUGCAGGAUCUAGAAUAUGAAACUCCCACUAUCUGCCACACAAGACCCUCCAGCUGAGAUGUUGAAUGUUGAAGCUCAAACAGCCAAAGAUGGGACAUCAGUCUGCUAGCGGGGCAGAAGCAUGGUGCUGCAUGGCAGGAACACUUUGACCAGAGAUGCCAUUUCGGUGCUUGACUCGGUUACUGUAUAACCGUGGUGUAUUAUUGUUAGAUAUUUCUAUAAGUAUUUAUGUGUACACAAAUGUAAAUAACGAACAAGAGUAGUUAUAAUUUGACCGGGGUCAUCAGACCAGAUGGCGUGCUUGUGUGUUAAUUUGUUUCAAGUGCCCACCCAUCAUCUGUGUAUCUGUGCCAUACAGGAAACAUAAUUUUUCACAAACAUUUCAGCAUACGGUUGUUGCUGCUUAUAAUAUUGUUGUAAUGUUUGUAUAAUGCUAUGCAAUUAUUUUCUAUUAUUUUAUAGAACUGUGUGUGAGAGUGGGAAAACAGUUUUAUUUUGUUGUGUGAGUGUGCACAUGUUGAUAUAACAAACAUUUUGAUUCAUUUAAUUAAGCCAAGCUCCUUGACUCAAACACUUAUUAACUAACACAUAAGAACAAACUCUAAGUAAGCUCACAUAAUAUCUUGAAAUUUAAUUUUCAAAAAAAUUAAAUAAUAAAGUUAAUUGGAUUUAAAACUUUUCAGUGCAUUUCUACUACACUUAAGUAAAAAAAAAAAAAAAAACAUGGCAAAACCUUAAAAUAAUAAAACUGCACAGAUAUUUCUAUUUCAGUUGUAAAUUCAGUUUCAGAGGACACGUUCAGGGAAAUUGUUUGGUCAGACAUAUGCUAGAUACUUAACUAAAAUAUAUAAUUAUUUGUUUGUAGACAAACAGCAGUGUGUGUGCGAAUGCCUGUUUUGUGUAUACUGAAGCAUUAGAAUUUAUGUUUUUAAUGUUAAUUUGCUUAUCACAAACCUGUGGUAGUUGAAAGAAAGCAAUUACUGUUUAACAAUGAAACACGCUAUGCGUGAGAAUUUAGCUGUGCAGCAAAUGAAGAAGGAAAUGCGUGUGAUUGAUGUGGGCGACUGUGCCUCUGUUUUUCUGUACUGGAACUCCUCUCUGGUCCCCUCAUGCUCUUGGUUUGAGUUAUUUUACUGUAAAACGACCAGUGGCAACCCUUAAUUUGCUUAUGACUACAACUUUCAUUACUGACUUAUAAGUAUUAUAAAUGCUAUUGUUUUUCACAACUAAUGUUUCAUAGAUAUUCUACUGUGGGAAACGGGUUUCCAUUGUAGCAUUGUUUUUACAGUGGUGUUUAUGGUAUGGCAUUAUUUUCUGUUGUUUCUCAGAACUUGGUUUAAGCUAAAACAAACAUUACUGUUACAACAGUACUCUGGUUUUUUUUUUUAGCCUGACGGCUAAACAGUACUCAGUUUUUUUUAUUAUUAUUAUUGUGUUAAUCAGACAUCCUUUUCGUCUUUCUCUUUCUGAUGUAAUAAGCUAAGCUAAUGAGCAUUUUUAAGGACGAGUCACAAUGGCCAAUUAAGUUUUUUUUUGUUUUUUUGUCAUUGACCUCCUCAAUGACAAACCACAACUACUGGCCCCAAUUUAGCAUGAGCAGUUCUCUCUGCUGACCUCACCUCAUAAAAAUCCAUAACAUGACGCCAUGACACUAAUUGGAAGUUCCCCCUCAACUGCCAAAUGGUGCAUGCGAGUGCUUUAAGGGUCAAGAGUCAUGGAGUCCCCACUCCUCCAUCACUCUGAGGCUUGUGUGUGUGCGUGUGUGUUUGUUGUUUUCCCCGACUGUACCCCUCCACCCCCUCAUGUUAAUUGAUUUCCUGUCAAACAUAUGUUUGCGCUUGCGGCCUUUGUUCUUGACAAAGACUUCAAGGGCUGUUCUGUAGACUUGUGUGCAUGUUGUAUUGUUUGUUUGUUGUUUUUGUGUUCUCCUUAAUGUCACAUUGGCAAAAAUGGGAGAAAAUCAUGGCUGGCAACUAUUGUAAUUUAUAUAUAUAUAUAUAUAUAUAUAUAUAUAUAUAUAUAUAUAUAUAUAUAUAUCUAUUAUUUUUUUACAUUUGUUUUGCAAUAUUUAUAUUUUUGUAUUAUAAGAUGUUGUUUUGUUCAAUAAUGGUCAUAAUGCCAGUUCUUAAAAUGCAGGGAUUUUUACAUUUGUCGAAAAACACUAUUACAGUUUCUUUAUUUUACAUUAAUUGAUUUUGAUCUGUAUAAAGUGCUUACUAAUGUUAAAUAGGAAAAAAGAGUAUAUAACAUUUACAUUACAGAUUCAUCAUAGCUCUUAGAGGAUUUUAAAAGGAAAAUAAUCAAUGUUUUUUUUUUUUACAGACUGCCAUUUUUCCUCGUUUGGCUUGGAUGUAUGUCUUUUUCUGUUACAAAGAUAAAUGUAUGCCAUAUAAUUUAUUUAUAUGAAAAUUUAUUUUUGUAGUGUACAUAGUAGUUGUCAAGGUAUUUGACAAAAGUAUAUUUUUAAAGAGUUUAUAUGUAAUGCUACCAUUUUUGUGAGAACAUAUCUGAGAAGACAUUAAGAUGCACACUUUCAUUGCUAACUUGUUCUCAGACAACUAAAGUUCCCCUGUUACAGUGUUAUAUAGGAGAGAGUGAGUGCAUUCUGUCUUUGGGUUUUGUGAAAAUCUUGCCAUGAAAGUAGAAAAAAUGUACUAGCUCUCUAAAUAAUAAUGUUCAAACACUGAUAGAAUUCUAACAAAUAAAAAUAUUAUAACUUA